GCUGGGGCUUCCUUUCCAAGAUGGCGGCGCCCUGCAGGAGGAGCGGCGGCGGGGGGCUCUGGGCCGCGCUGGUUCCCGCUGCCGUGCUCUGCCUGGCGGCCCGGGCGGCGGAACAACCGGGCACGGCCCACUUCGACGUGCGGCCCGGCGGGGAGGUUCACUCCUUCUCCCGCAGCCUGGGGGAUUACAGCUGCACCUUCACUUACUCAGCUCAGGGAGGAACGAACGAGCAAUGGGAGAUGAACAUAGGAGUCAGUGAAGACGACCUGCUCUUCUCCUGCUCUGUCUGGAGGCCCCAAGGGAAGUCUUAUCUCUUCUUCACACAGUUUAAAGCUGAAGUGAAAGGAGCCAAGAUUGAGCAUGCCAUGGCUUAUUCUCAAGCUGCAGCGGGCGGACAAAGCGACGUCCCCUUAAAACAGGAGGAGUUUGAAGUGACUGAAACAACAGUCUCUCACAGGGAAGGCAAGUUCCGUUUUGAACUGUCCAAACUCAUGAUUGUAGCAAAAACUCCCCAUGAUGAGCUGUGACCCUGAGGCCAGUGCUUGGCCAGAAGAGCAUGGCAGAUAAAGAGGAUUACUUUUUAACUGCAGGGUUUGUUUUUUGGGGGGUUGUUUUUUUAAUUAUUUUUUUUUUGUUCGGUUUGGGUUUUUUGGGGGGUGGUUGGCCAAACCUUUUUUGUUUUCCAUAUUGAAAUGUGCUAGGGUCCAACCCAAGUGGGGCUUGGAGGUGUUAAAGACAGAUGCAUUCUGUCUUGUGUCAGAGUAACAAUGUGCUUUGCAGCUGGAAACCUCCUCCAAGGCUCCUGAGCUGCAGCCAACCUUUCUGCUGCCUGCUUUCUGCUUGGUUGAGCUGCUGAAUAGGGCAAAGCUCCCUGUCCAACGGGGGCUCCUUAUCUCCCUGCCUAGGCAGAGUAAUGCAGAAAGAUAAGUGGCUGGAUUGAAGCACAUUUUGCUAAAGUUAACUCUGUAGUCUCUGGAGGAAGGAGGGGAUUGCUGUCUCUAAAAGCAUGACAGGAGGAAAUAAUGAAAUGGGAUGUGAGGGGGAAGGAAGGGAUGGAGUUGGCCAGAGCUCUCUGACUUCUUGUUGAGUGUGGCUGCUGAAGGCCAUCCCUGGGGAAGGUGUUGUGGGCUGGUUGGGAUCACCUGGCACAGGGCAGGCAGAGCUGCUUAUUCUGACACAACCCAGGAAUCAAUCCAAGCACCACUUGCAUGCCUCAGUACAACUGCAGGACUAUUUUCUACGUUACAGAAGUGGGGUUUGUUUGUUUGGUUUUUUUUUUUCUUUCUUAUCUAGAGUAAUACCAGUGAGGGAAUGUGGAAUUCCAUUCCUGUGUAAAUACAAAUAAAGAAAUAAAGCAUCAUGCUCUUGCCUGA